GGAACUCCUCUGCACGUGUCGGCUGAAGGAGCAGGAAGCGGGCUUGUUUUGGAUUUUGCAUUAGCACGCGUUUGAGGCGAUAUGAACGCUGUACUUUUACCAAAAACAGUCCAAAUGACAAAUAUGGAAAAUCAAAUGGAAGAUCACAGCUACGAAGAAGAGACGAGAGGGACCAAAAGGAAGAUUUCGUUGUCUAACUGUGCGGUCUGUGGAUCUGAGGAGGCCAAAUACACGUGCCCACGCUGCCUAACGCAUUCAUGCAGUUUACUGUGUGUGAAAAAGCAUAAAGAAGAUACCGGCUGCAGCGGAGUUCGGGACAAAACAGCCUUUGUUGCUCUCUCACAGUUUGAUGAAAUGAAUCUUCUGAGUGAUUACAGAUUUCUGGAAGACACUGGGCGGUUUUCUGAUGGAGCUACUAGAGAUGCUCUUAUUAGGGUUCCCCAUGUUACUAUGAAAGCAAAAUGUUUUAUGUCCAAUGCCAGAAAAAUGAACAUCAACCUGAGGCUUCUACCCUGCACCUUCACAAGAAGCAAAGAAAAUUCAACCUUCUUCAAUUCAAAGGAGAAGCGCUUCAUGUGGCACUUGAAGCUCCUCUUUCCCCACAGCAGUGCAGAGUUCACCCAGAGGAGGGUGUCUGAUCAGCUGACUCUACUGGAAAUUCUGAAUCCUUACAUCCAUCCUACAGAGUCAGACCCUGUGGCACGUCAAAAACUGAAGAUGUAUGUCCAUGAACCCUUAGAACAUGUGAAAGUUUUCAUGAAGGCAGAAGGCAGAAAGGCUAACUCAGUGAGACCCUCUCGUGCGACAGACCAGACCCUGCCCCACCCUGCUCACUUCACCUUGGACCUUGCCCACGACUUGGCCCCAGGUUGA